AUGUGUAAUGCAGCUAUUGAAGAUGUUGAACAUAUCUUUUUCCAUUGUCCGGUGGCGGUUAUGGCUUUCGUUGCUUCACCUCUUGGGUGUAGAACUGAGCAAUAUAGAGGUUUAAACAACAAACAAAUAAUCGCAGGCUGGCUAUCAGAGAAAGGUAAUUAUGAUGGUUUCAAGAUGGCUAGUUGCAUGAUGUGGGCUCUAUGGAAACAUAGGAAUGAGAAAGUUUUUAACAACAAGGAGCAGAGUAUACAAAGCAUAAUCAAAGAGGCUCAGUUCUGGUUUAAUUACACCAGUCCUAUCCUUCCCGAGGAAGAAAAGCAUCAUCAGUCUGCCAACACAAAGAAACUGGCAAACAAAUGGACUCCGCCUGAGACCAAUUGGACUAAACUUAAUACAAGUGCUGCUUUUAAGGACUUUCAAGGUGGAUGGGCAGUGGUAGAUAGGAAUGCAGAAUUCAGUUUUAUAGGAUGCGGUACAAUGGCUCUUAAGGUGUUGAGUCCUAUAGAGGCGGAAACAAGAGCAGUCCUCCUAGCUGCAGAAUUUGCUAUGAUGUCCCAUCUGUAG